AUGGCUACUGCUUCAGCAUUCUCCUACGCACAGGCCGCAAAAGGCCAAAAUCCCACUCCCGAAUCUCCUCAGUCCACCUCUCACGUUACGGAUCCCCUCGCCACUGUUCCUGCUUCCGCCACCACUCCGCUGGACGAUGCCUCUGUUGCCGACUCCGGCAAUCAAGACAACAUCGCCGCUUCGGCUGAAAAGCAUGAGGCUGCCAGCACAAUCGGUUCCGAGAGCGAUGUUCGCUCCGAGUCCGUCCUUUCUAGACGUACAGACGCUCGCAAGGACGACGAAUUGAGCAGAUUAGAGCGCCCUUGGCGUAGAAACGACAGGGACGGCCAGUCUUCUACUCGAUCCGACGAUACAGACGGAAAGCGCCGAAAGGCCAAGAAGAAGGGUGCUGAUAAGCCCGCCGAGGAGGAGCAGCCCAAAGUUGAGCUCACCGAGGCCCCCGUCCCCUCCGUCAACAUUUGGCAGCAGCGCAGAGAGGCGGCUGCCGCCAAGGUUGUCAAGCCAGAUGAUGCUAGCAGCACUGCUGCCUCGGAAGACGUUAAGCCACCACCCAAGGUCACCGACUUUGCCGGUGCCGUCAACGGACACAAAACCACCCGCAAAGCCGAUGCUCCACGCCCAGAGCGUGCCAGUCGUGGCGCCAGAGUCGCCGACAGAGAGGCCAGAGAUGGCAGAGGCGAGCUCCCGCCCCCUGUCGACGAUGCCAUGCUGUGGCCUACACCGGAGACUGCUGUCCAGGAAGACAAGGACAGCAAGAAGAAGAAUGAUGCCAAGCCUGAGCCCAAGGAGACUCAGGAAGAGACUGGCAAACCUCGCUCCAAGGAGAAGUGGGUUACCUAUGACUAUGUUCCCACCGUCAACUUCGAGACGCAAUUACCACAAAUGCGUAACACCAAGCCGCGUGGUGGUGCCCGCAAUGUGAAUGGUGGUCGCCCCAGUGCCCCCAGCCAGACUGCUGACAAGGCAGCCUCUGCGGCCCCUGCCACAAAGACCAACGACAGAAGACAGAGCACCGCGAACGGCGUUGCUCGCACCGGCUCCCAGCCCCCAAGCAAGAGAGCUUCCGUCGACGUUGCCACGCUCCGCGAGCAGCGUAAAGUUUCUGGCGGUGCUACGAGCGAAAAGGCCAAGGAUGCCACCCCUGCUGCCCCUUCUGUUGUACGUCGGGCCCGGCAUUUCAAUGCAAUCUCCCCCACUAACGCUUCUCAGCAGGAGCAGCCGCAAGCACCCCGCGAGCGUCCCGAAGGCCGUGCCGAAGGCCGUGCCGAUAGGGGCCGCGGUGGUUAUAGAGGACGUGGCGGCCAUCACACAAACUCGCACUCCCAGGCCCAGCACGCCACGUUUAACGGCAACGGCCCCGCUAGCGGCCGCCCUCAGGGUCCCUACAGCCCACCUCCUCGCGGCGGCCAUGGCCAGAUGUUCAUGCCCCCCUCGCAAAGAGGACGUGGAGGCCGCGGCAACGCCGCCAACUUUCACCACCGCAUGUCUCUGCCCAACGGCCGACUCCCUGCUGUGCAGACCCAGUUUGCCUCGUAUGAAUUUCCGGUGGGCCCUAUGAGCGCCAUACCCUUCCAGCCUCAGCAGCCAUACUGGGAUACCGCGAUUCCUGUUCUCAAGACCCAGAUUGAGUACUACUUCUCCAUUGAAAACUUGUGCAAGGACUUGUACCUCCGCCAAAGGAUGGAUUCUCAGGGCUUCGUUCCCCUGCAUUUUAUUGCCGCCUUCAAGCGUGUUCGUGAGUUGUCGGCUGACCUUGGCAUGCUCCGCACGGUCUGCGAAAUGUCCACAGAGAUUGACCUUGUUGUUGGUGAGGAUGAUGUUGAGCGUGUGCGCAGGAGUGAAGGUUGGGAGAGCUUUGUCCUUCCCCUUGAGGACCGUGACGAUUUGGCCAGAAACCACGGCCCCGUCAAGCUCUCCUUCAAGAGCCGUGGCCCCUACCCCGCGCCCCCUCAGUUCAACGGCAUGCAGAUGCACUACGGCAUGCCCUCCCCGCCUGCGUUUGUUCCUCACGACCAGUUCCAACAGUUUGACCACCACGCGAUGAAUGGAGUUAACGGUGUCAACGGGCACGGCCAGAAGGGAUCGCAGCUGUCUGCUGCCGUCCCGGACUUUGCCCCAGCAUGCCAUGCUCCCGCGCUGAAGGCCAACGGCGCCGUCAACGGCACCUACGAGAUGCAGAACGGCAUCCACACACAGGCCGAGGCGUAA